UGCGAGGAGAUCAUGACUGCCCUAGAAGAAUGCCAUGCCAAAGGCUUCAUGUGGAAAGCGAUCGGAAUGUGUAGCGAUACGAAGCGAGAAGUCAACAGAUGUUUGAGGGCGGAAAGACUUGAACGCACCGCGCAGAAUCGCGAGGAGGCGAAGAAAAAGAGAGAGCACAUGAAGAAGAUCUGGGCGGAGAUCGACGCCAAUUCAUGA